AUGAGUGAAGCAAUGAUACAAGCAAUGAAAACGGUAAAAGCUGCUAUAGUUGGCGAAGAUCCAAAGCAUUUAAUACGUUAUGAUGAUCCAUCUAUUGAACAUAUUGAAGAAGAUGAAGAUGAAAAAAUCAAUGAUAUUAUUGCAAGUUUUCGAUCUAUGCAAGAAAAGAAUUUUGGAAAACAUGGACAUGGAUUACGUGGUACACAUUCGAAAACUCAAGCAGUAGUUAAAGGUACAUUAAUAGUACCAGCUAAUUUGCCAGCUCAUCUAAGUCAAGGACUUUUUCGAUAUCCCGGAAAAUAUCCUGUUAUUCUUCGUUAUGCAAGUGAACCAACACAAAUUGAAGAUGAUAAAAUACCAGCACCACGUGGUUUAGGUAUGAAAGUUUUCAAUGUUCUAGGGUCAAAGUUACUAGAAGAGAAUAUAAAUACACAGGAUUUCUUUUUCAACAACGCUCCUACAUUAGAAUUAACAAAUGCGACUGUAUGCCGUGAUAUUCAAUGUUUACGUAACACUUAUUUCGAUGAUUCUGAAGGACUAAAACAGGCUCUAAAACAAAGAGAUGAUUCUCAGAAACAGUUAGCAAGAAUAAAACUUGCAAAUACGAAUAUUAUGGGACAAGAAAUGUAUUCACAGGCAGCCUAUCGUUAUGGAGAUUACGUUGUUAAAUAUGCACUCUUUCCAAUUGCUAAAGUACAACUCGAAACGAAAUCUCAGAAAGUUAAAGAUACUGAUUCUUCGACAACUUUAAGUGAUUGGAUUCGAGAUUAUUUUCAUAAUUAUGAUGCUAAAUAUGAAUUUCGUGUUCAAUUUUGUAGUGAUAUAACUUUACAGCCAGUUGAAGAUACCAGUAUAGAAUGGUCUCAACUUGCUGCACCCUUUCAUACAGUUGCAAUUCUAGAUAUUCCUAAACAGGAAGCAUUCGAUCCUGAAUUUUGUCAAUGGUGGCAAGAUCAUAUUCGAUUAUAUGCAUGGGCAGGUCUCGAAGAACAUCGUCCACUUGGAUCUAUUAAUCGUAUUCGUAAGAAAUUAUAUGAUGCCAGUAGUGCAUUUCGAGCAGAACAAAAUCACCAAGAAGUAGUAUUUCCACAAAGUAUCAAUGAUGUUCCAAUUUCAAAACAAUCACAAACUUAG